GAAGUAGCGCGCACCAGCUUGUUUCUCCUCUUGUUCGUUCUGCUGGUUCUCGUCGAAGAAGGACAGAGUGAAAGGGUGGUUGAACCUUGCGGCAACCGGGAAGACGCGUCGGUUAAGACGCCCCUUACUUUCCUUUUAAAAGUUAGCGCCACGUGCUCGAACAUGGUCCUCUUUUAUUUAUCGAAUGGCUGCUGUUGCUACUCGGGGGCCAUUCGUUGCACGCGGUGCCUUUUGCUUUCUCGUUUGAUCAGCGAAACUUCCGCGACUUCCGUUAACGAACCACCGUCUUCGAUGGCAGAUGAAAUUGAUCGAUUUAAACCGAUCUGUGACCUACCAGGACAGACAGCUAAGAAAGAUCGAAAUUGUCUAAGAUUAAUCGAGAGGCUCAGAGGAAAAGUGGAAAACUCAAGUAUUAAUUUGCCACUUAAAGAUACAGUAGACAGUUUUUAUUUCGAAGAUAAUCGUGCCGCAACGUUAGAAUUAUCGAUGAAGAACAAUUUACCAGGCCGUCUUUUAGUUGUUACGAUGAGGUUCGCUCUCGCAAUCGCGGCCAUCUUGGCCACAGCCAGCCAUCUUAACGCCUACGAGCUGCCAAAAGUUGGUUCAGGUGCCCUGGCCAGGGAACUGCAAGAUUUCAUAAACUUAUUUCCUAUCGAUGACGUACUCGAGUACACGAGAGUGUAUUUGUCCAGAGACAAAGAGUUCCAAUGGGCUUUGAAUUUCAUGCAAAACGAAGAGAUGAAGGCGUUCCUUAACGACGUGGAAUCUUCGCCUGAAUUCGCAACCUUGAUGGAAUAUCUGGUAGAGAAUGGUCUCGACGGUUACGCUUUAUUCAACACCGUGAAAGAAGUGAUGGAGGGACAACUUGCGAUAGAGAACGUGCACUCGAACCUGAGAAUUAUCGGAGGACUUGCAGGUUACGUCGCAGACGCCACCACCGCCGCGCUUCUGACCAACAUGCAGAACUUGUUCGAAAAUAAAGUCGCGACUUCCAAAGUGUUCAAAAACUUCGUCAGAGAGAUCUUAUCUGGCCGAUACGACAAACUUUUCACAAGCACGUUUACAAAUACUCAUUUCCAGAGAGUGUUACAUCAACUUCACUAUCUCCAACUCGACGACGAAACGUUCCACGCGAACUUCUACUUACUUUUCAUUGCCAAAGCAUUGGCCAACGUACAUAAUUAAACUUACGAACAAGAACAUGCCUAUAGAUCUUCUGCGUAUGAAACUCGCAAUCACACUUCAAGCAAGUUCUAAAUCGCAAACUGCAAGAGUAAUAUUUAAUAUUUAAUACAUACUGGAUCAAUUAAGGAACAGCGUUCUUUCUUCCCUUUCUCUUUCUCCUUUUUAUAGUUUUACAUCGUGUAGAUAUUAAGUAUUUUAAUACAAUGGUAAAAUAUUAAAUACGCGUGUUUGGAAAGGAAGGAAUAUUUAAAAGUUAUUGAAUUAAGGUUUUAUCUUUACGUGAAAUUUUGAAUAGUUUCUCCAGCGAAUUCGUCGCUUUUUCAGCGGGAAACUUGUGUAAGAAUUGUUUAUAAAUUAAAAUUAUUCAACUUCGCGUUAUUAAUUUACAAUCCUUAAAGAAUGUUACAUCACAGUUCGGAACUGCGGGGCAUUAUCUGCGAUUAUCUUUCGUAUCGGUACAAUCAAUAUUAUAGCGGCAAGCAAUGUAAUUAAUUGUCUUAUCAAACGUCUGAUAAUCGAAGUAACAAAACCAAAUCUACAAACGUUAUAGAAAAACAAUUUACAAUAGUUACAGUCACUUUUAAUUUAUUCAUUUAAUUCCAAAUAAUUCAAUUAAUUUUCGAUCGCAGCAAAGUAAGAAAGAGAAAAUUAGAAUUUCUUUACGUUUCUCGACAUAUGAACUGGAACAUGUAAAAAUGAAUUUCUAUAGAAAAUAUGAAUACAUAUAUUGACGCGUUAUAUUUUCAUGGGAUUCAGAUUUAUUUCACGAUGUAUGUAACGAUCACAUUUAGAGAUCGUUCAUGCAACAGAAUGUAACAGCUCGUUUUCAUAAAUUUACAUCGGAACAUUGGAAAAAUUGUUAUAAAUCAUGGUAAUGUGAAUCAAUCUGAACAUUUUUUAACGCACGCAUAUUCGUCAUCUAUCAUGGAAAAUGUAGAAACCUAUUAGUCACGUACAUAUCAAUUGUUAAUCAUUCUCAAAUUUAUCACCUUUUGUUUAUUUAAUACGAUUAUAUUAGGAUUAUAUAAUUCUAUGAAAACUUCUAUUGAAUGAAUCAUACAAAAAUUAUGCUUUGCAUGUACAGUAUAAAAUGAUAAUCAGAGAUAAACGCACUAUUGUGACACACGUGAAUGAUGAUGGAUCACGACUCUUGAAGAGCCUCGUGUAAUAUUAUAUAAUUAAUAAAUCUAUUCAUUUUUGACAAUAGAUAACGAAUGUGUGUACAUUUUAUAUUAGUUUUUUAUAUUGGCAUUUUUUGCAUGAAACCUUAGCUAUAUCUCUAAGUAAUGAUUUUCUUUAAAAAAGAAAAAUCGCAUCAUUUGCACGAGUUCACGUCACGUUAUGACAUGAUAGCGAAAAAUUUCUUCGACGCAGAAAAUCUUGUAACCAUUCAACUAACAAGCUCCUUGUAACUUGUAGUAAGUUUGUAGGUUAGAGGAAUGGUCACAAAUGAGUUCCAAUGAUUUAGAAAAAAGAUGAGCACAUAAAUUUGUAUCCCUAUACAAU